CCGCUUUAUCGGCAGCCGAAGUGGAAAUUUCCCCGUCAGUUCCCGGCUCCGCCGCGAAGGAAGCACUGGUGGGAGCCGCCUGCUCUCGUCUCCCCGUGCCGCGCCGCGUCCUGCCUGCUGUCAUGUCCAACUACAUCCACGUCCCGCCUGGCUCGCCGGAGGUGCCCAAAUUGGACAUCACCGUCAGCGAGCGGGAGGGGCUCGGGUAUCGCCAGGGCGCCCUGCAGCUCCUGCGCCGGCUGCGCCCGCACUGGAGACCCGAGGAGGUGACGCUGCAGCUGUUCACUGAUGGUAUCACCAAUAAAUUAAUUGGCUGCUACGUAGGUGACAUAACAGAUGAUGUUGUUCUAGUUCGGAUCUAUGGGAACAAGACCGAGCUCCUGGUGGAUCGGGAUGAGGAGGUGAAGAGUUUCCGCGUGUUGCAGGCCCAUGGCUGUGCACCUCAGCUCUACUGUACCUUUAACAAUGGCCUGUGCUAUGAGUUCAUGCAGGGAGAAGCCCUGGAUCCAGAGCAUGUGUGCAAUCCAGAUAUUUUCAGGCUCAUUGCUAGACAGCUUGCUAAAAUCCAUACUAUUCAUGCACACAAUGGAUGGAUCCCUAAAUCUAAUUUGUGGCUGAAAAUGGGGAAAUAUUUCUCUCUCAUACCCACAGAAUUUGCAGAUGAGGAAGUAAAUAAAAGAUUCUUAAGUGACAUUCCAAGUCCUCAAGUUCUUCAGGAGGAGAUGGCCUGGAUGAAGGAAAGACUGUCAAAUUUAGGAUCGCCAGUGGUGCUCUGUCACAAUGACCUGUUAUGUAAGAAUAUUAUUUACAACAAGAAAAGAGGUGAUGUGCAGUUCAUAGACUAUGAGUACUCUGGGUACAACUACCUGGCUUAUGACAUUGGAAAUCACUUCAAUGAAUUUGCAGGAGUAAAUGAGGUAGACUACAGCCUUUAUCCCAACAGAAAAUUACAGGAGCAAUGGCUGAGAUCUUACCUUGAGGCCUACAAAGAAUAUAAAGGAUUUGGCACAGAAGUCAGUGAAAAAGAAGUUGAAGUUCUGUAUGUCCAAGUCAAUCAGUUUGCACUGGCUUCACACUUCUUUUGGGGAUUGUGGGCUUUAAUUCAAGCCAAAUAUUCCACCAUUGAUUUUGAUUUUCUAGGGUAUGCAAUUGUUCGGUUUAACCAGUAUUUCAAAAUGAAACUGGAGGUCAUGUCGUUAACUCUUCCUGAGUAAUGAAGAGGAGGACUCUUACCAAGUGGAUAGACAACCCCUGAAUCUUUUCUGAGAACAGAUACUGGAAAAAAGCUAAACAUUUGUUGAAGUGCUGUAAUGCUCACUUGGUGGUUCUUGCUUUAUAAAUAAUGCCUCUAGACAGUCCUUCAAUGUUAAAUUUAUUAUGAAGAACAUACGUACUGCUGUUGAUAUAAAACAGAUUAGAAACUUGCUAAAUCUAUAAAAAGUUGUAGAAAUGGCAAUUUAAUCCUUCUUUGUAAUUUAACAUAUGUUGUAUGUGAAUUAUUUAUUAUACAUUUAACAUGAUUCUGUUGCUGCUUUCAUCAGUUUUUGUUAAAGUUGGGUGCAGACAGUGAAGUUGUUCCAAAGGAUUCAUUUAACAACUUAUUUUAUUGAAGUUGCUUAGCUUAUGCUAAAGAAGACAUGUCAGAGAAUUCUUCUUUUAGAGGCCUACGAGCAAAAGGAGUGACAAUAGACUUGUAAGAUCUCUAGUGUGGUAUAGCUAGGGAGAAGGGUUAGGAUGAUCUUUAUUUCCUCCCUCCCUUUUUUUUUUUUAAAGGUAGCUUUCCAUAUGGUGGUACUUUUCUUUUACACAAGAAUCAAGCAUCUUGUUGAAGUUAUAAAUAACAUUUUGUUCUUUUUUUUUUUUUUUUUUGCUUAUUGAGCUGUAGAAAUGUUCAAGCUCUGUGACCACAAGAUUCUCUGAGGAUAUUGUACCAAUCACUGGUGUUAGAUGGACAACCUUCCAUCUUUAACUUCCAUUGGAAAGCUGCUUGUUUAUUAAGUGCACUCUUAAAAUCAAAAGACCACUAUUCCAAACCUCUCUUCCUUUUUGAAACUUGAUUCUAGAUUUGAACACUAUUCUGGUGUCUGUAUCUGUUGUGCUCCAGUGGCAGAAUGGACUGUUGGACUGGAGAUAGGAGAGCAGAGAUCCUGUUGCACUGGGGAGCAAGACACAGGUUUACAGUUCCUGUAUGGAUGACAACUUUCUGCUUUGUCAUCUUCUAACCUUGCACUCUUAAGUCUUAAAUGCCUGGUCCUGUAGUUGUGCAGAUUCUGGUAUGUCUGGUGGUCCUUUUUUUUUUUUUUUCCUGUCAGCAAAUUGUUUUCCAAAGCCUCCAGUUUGAAGGACAGUAAGGAAAAGUGUAUGACUUGAGCAGUGAGGCUUUGAUCAUCACACACAUUUUAUUUCUUAAGGGUAUUAUACCAAGAAUGGUCUGGAUUACAAAAUAUUAACUGAAAAGAAAAUGUUUACCUAAUGGAACAAUUCAUAAGUUUGUGUGGAAA